AUGGCUCGCCCGUUUUCAAGAAUCGCGGAGAACCAGGAAUCAGGUGCGGGAAACCAUAUUUUUGGGAACGAAGCCGUGCAAGAUGGUGGAUUGGUAGCCGGGAAUGGGAUUGGGAAUGGGAUUGGGAAUGGCGUUGGAACUGGGGUUCAGGCUGGAGUGCGCAGCUGGUGGAGUAACAGUAGAGGGGAAACAAGGGGAAACAGUAACGAAAGCGUUCCGAAGCCAUCUUCGCAGGGAAACGAAAUGGUUACUGUCAGCUCGAAUUUUGCUGGCCUAUCUCCAGUUAUUACCUCUGGCCUUUAUGAUACACCGGUUAUUGCUUCACCUUUAUCACCAAGGGCAGUGUCGAAUUUAGUUACGUUUGCGCCAAAUCCACAGCAAAACUUGCUAAAUUCACGACCUCUGGAGAGGCCCCAGCCUACAGUAAUAAGGCGUUCAGUUUUUAUGCCUGGGAAUACAGCUAUGCAGGAGGCAGUCCAAGAAUCACAGGCGCCUAUAGAUGUCGAAAUACAGCAGCCACCAGCUGGUGAGGUUGGCAAAUGGUGGCAGAGAGGAUCACUUAAAGGGCUGCAGUCGAAAUUGAUUACAGUUUUGGCGGCCGGAGGAUUUCUGGCCAUCACUCUAGCAAUUUAUCUCGGCUUAGCACUCACAAAUGAUCUUAGGCUUCGCCAUGAAUGGCAUGUGUUGCUGAUCCUGAUAAUAUUAAUUGCAACUAUGUUCUUUUGUCACGCUCUCGCGCGGUUGUGUAUAUUGGCAACGAACCCUGCGAGACUGCAGAGAAGACCAUCCCGUAACUUUUCCAGGAUUCCUUCAGUAUCUGGACCAGAUGGGUAUGCAAACCCACGGGAGCCAAUUAGGAUACAAACAACCUUUGAUCAAGAUGUUGACGGCGUUGAACCGGACUUAACGAAGCUACCGCCACCAGUCUACGGGUUGUGGAGGUGCUCUGUGAGAGUGAACCCGAAUCAAUUUUAUUGGCACACCACGGCCGCCAUCCUACAACCACCUUUACCGCCACAUCCAUCGGAAGUUAGGUGGUUACAAAACCGCUGGUAG